UCAGCGUUUCGCUGCGACUGACAAAAGUGCAAUGCGACUAAGUUUUAUGAAGUAAGUUUAUUUUAUAUACUUUACAUUCGACGAGGACAAGCUGCUGGGAAAGUAGCAAGUGCAAUGGCAAAAGUAUUGCAGCGUGUGGAAAUUACGCUACGUAGUUUCUACAUAUUCAAUUCCCGCUUUGGUGAAAAGGAGGGCGAGGAGCACAAAAAAGUGCUGUUUUAUCAUCCGCAAGACAUUGAACUAAAUACAAAAAUUAAAGAUGUGGGUCUGAGUGAAGCAAUUGUAAAUUUUACCAGAACGUUCACCAAUGAGGAUGAUUGCAAGGCGUUGCAUACACAGAAAACUACACAGUUGUUCCAUCAACCGGAGUCGGGAUUUUGGCUGGUCAUGGUGCUCAAUGUGCCCAAGGAGUUUAGGCUCAAGGAUGGCAUCGAGGUGGCCGACUAUCGCGGUGGCGAAGUUUCCGAUCGCAUUUAUCAUGCUGUACUGCGUCAAUGCUAUCACAUGUAUCGCUUCCAUAAUGGUCCACUCCAGGCCAAAGUGACAGCCACUGCCAUGUCCGAGGCUGGCGAGAAUCAGCGCCAACAACUGUGUGCAGAGCUGCAACAGUUCUAUGAUCGUUAUUUGAGCAACUGCAAGGAACUGAUGCACUGCGACAUUAUGGACAUGCUGCACUCCAUCCAGUAUCUGGCUCUGGACAAGUCGCUCUUCCUGCGUGCCCACAACUUUAGCAUGCUGUCCAAUACAUUCCCCGCCAUCAAGGAGUGCAUUAUGCUGUACAACGAACAGGUUGUCUGUGGAGGAAAACUAAAUGCCAGCGAUUUGUAUAGUCUGCAUGCUCACAUCCUGGCGACUACGGCUGCUGCUGAAGGCAACGCUGACAAGUAUCGACUUGGGGCAUUUGUGGUGGAUGACAGCGUGGAGGAGGGAGUGGAGGCAGUACCCAAAAAAGUCUACUUGGAUGUGGACAAGAAAGUUCAGCCUCACUAUUUGCUUGUCUACCGCGCGCUGAAUGUAACGCUCUGUCUGUUCCUUGAUGCUAAAGAGCCGGCUCCUAAGCCAGAAUUCUAUGAGGAGCUGCAUGUUUAUAUGGGACCACAGCUAACCUGCUUGGCACGCGACAUUGCCGCUGAAGUCUCCAAGCUAAGCACGAUUAGAGCUGCCCAUGACAGCAACCCAAACGAUAGUUCACCCAAAUACCUGUUCAUAAACGAGCAGAGUCUGAAGCACCAUACGAAUAUCUACCGAAAUGCCAAAACAACACAGAAGAGUAUACCACGUAAUGUGAUGAGCAUCAUUGCGGAUUUGGCUAAUCCCAUCGAUGAGAGCAAUACCACUGCCACCGAGGAGCUGCAGGUGAAGACCACCAAUGACUUUUGGGUGGUGAAGCGACGUUGCAACUGGAGACAAUAUUAUGUGAUUCUUUGUAAGAGUAAAGCAACUUUGUUGGAUGUGACGCAGGAAGCGAAGCGUAUAUUUGAACAAGAGCUCACAGAUGAUGUAUUUUUUGACAAAUAAACAGCAAGAUCAGAUAAA